AUGACAACAGCAGGCAAGCCGAAGCCGCGCAAGCGGUUUGGGACCUUUGGCGAACCCGACCGCGAGCUCACGCAGGUAGAGAGGGAGUUCUACACAAAUCUGGCACGCAUUCGCAAAAAACGCACGCGGAAAAAGGAGAAGCCGCCGGCAGAGAGCGAGCACCGAAGGGGCAAGGAGAAACGAGGCACGGAAAGCGAGAUGUCGAAGGAGAAGUUCACCGACAAGCUGCUCUCGCUCCGCAAGCGCUCUCUGACACCGGCUAACGCUGCCUCGAGGAGCACGCUGCCAGCGCCCUCCUCCCCACCGCGCGACAACCGCCUCGCCGUGCUCUCAGCUGUGGGUCUCCCGGAUCGCACCGCCCCGCUUGUCUGGGAGCCGGACCGGCACAAAGCCCGGGACCGCGCAGCAUCGGAGUGUGUUUCCAGUUGUGCCCAGCACAUGCCAGAGCCAAGGCGAGGCUUCGGCUUCAAUGACUACCAGCAUGCACCAGAGAGCCUCUGCAAACCUGGCGACUCCAUUCUUCUCCCGUCGCGUUAUCAGAGUGCACGGUCGGGUCACGAGAGCACGCCGCGCCGGCAGCGCCCACGGCGCGCUCCCAAUGGCCCACUGACGUCUGCAGCUAAUUCGCCCGACCGCACCCCGGACGUGCCUCUGGAGAUCGGACUCCUGGAAAAGUUACAGCGGAUGAAAGUCUUGAGCGCGCCGCAAACAUCGGCACGGGAAUUCUCCAAGCGUGGAAACUCCAACCCGUCAAGCGUCAUGAGCGGUGGUGGCGCUGGUGAGAAUGUUGACUUGUCGCGCGUUGACGACUUCAGCGACGACAAGGCGGACGUGGAGGGUCGCAGCGACAGGGCACUCAGCGCGCUCCACCGCGAAUAUUUCAGUAGCGGCUCUUUCCAUAUCCAUGGGCUGACGGACGAGCAGAAGCCAACGCUAGAGGUUCUCGUCGCCAUCGAGAAACUAUUGACACUGCGGAAAGAGUCGACGACGUCGACGAGAGCCGAUCCUACGACGAAGCAGGCGUCCAAAGAGGCGGCAGCAACCCAGAAGCGAGGCGAUCACGGAAACGUUCAUAGUGCACCGAUGCCAAAGCCCAAGGCGACCGCACCGGCUGGAAAGGGUUCACAGGCGCGGGCAGCGAGCUUCCCGUCGAUGAUCGGGUCGACAAUACAAGCAGCGGCAGCAGCCACCACACCGGCGCGCACGUCGCCGCCUUUGUCGAGAGCAGAGGCGAUGUGUGCGGCUGCCUCGCCCCCACUGGCGCAGCCACUCCCAAGCCUGCAUACCAAUGCCGCAGGGAGGCAUGCCCAAAAGAGUGCGUCUGGAACCAGGAGGCAGGCAAGCCGCCAGCCAUCCGCAUGCGUGUCAGGCAGGAGUCGAGGAGCGAACUCCUCGCGCAGCCGCCAAGGCGGAUUCCUAAACCCCUUUUGCUGCACCAAUGGCACAGCAUUACGCAACGGGUUGGCGGAAAAGACGGGUAGGCAAGCGGCACAGGGCGCCUUGAGAAAGGAUGCCUACACGCAAACAAGGCCUGCGAGCGGCGCUACGGCAGUUGACGAGGCAUGCCGCCAGUACGUUGAGCAGUGUCAUCGUGAGGAGCAGGAGCUCAAAAAAAUGAUCGAGUCUGAGCGACAACGUGCAGGCACGGCACCUCGGAAAGCCAGCGCCGCCUUCUCCGCCGCGCUCAGCGGGACGGCGACAGAUGCAGACAGCGCAGUCGCAGCAUCUUCUUCUCCGACUAAGAAGGUUGUCGGUGGCUCCGCCUUCUCUCACCAUCGUCUGACCUCAGCGGCCAUUUCGGGUGCAUCCACGGAGGAAAGGGUGAGCCCCAGAAGCAGCUUCGCGGAUCGCACAAAACGGAAAUGCGACCCUGCCUGCCGCACUGGACGAUUAACACCGCUGUCGUGCACAGAUCUGAAUCACCUGAACACUAGCAAGUCUACCCGAAAGCGCAGCGGCUCGCCGUCGCCCGCGCACGCGUACCCCUUCCUCGCCGGUGUGGCAGAGGAUGCGUGCGAUUCGUCAAGCAAGUGCACGCCAUCUGCUCAGCCGAAAAUCGCGUUUGCGGGUGCUGGCGGCGGCGGCGGCGUCUCUCCAAACAAAACAACCCGCAUGACCGCCGUCACCCUACCGACCCCCAUGCGCGAGGCGGGCGGAUCUCGGAGCCGACCCUUUCAGCACCACCUGCAAGAUCCCGACAAUGUAGCGUCUUUUACCGCCGCCCUCUCCUACGAGCCAUCGUCUGCAGAGGAAUCUCAGAUGAGCUCCCGUGCCAUCAGUGUUGUGGACAUAUCAUCCACUGUGAGCCACUGCGGCACUUCAGAGUCCGUUUCAGUGGCGGAGGAAACAGUGCAGAUGGUAAAGGCGCACACCACAGAAGGCUCGCCACAGAUGAACACGCUACACAAGAACGCCGGCGCACGCAGUGAUCCGGCCCGUCAGCGAGCUAACUCCGUUGGCGUCGCGACAGAGCCGCCCUCAUCACCGUCUGCUCAACAACGCGAGUCGCGACAGAGCGUGCUGAGUGGUGCACCAGUGCACACACCGUCUUUUGAUGGCUCAGGGAUUGGCGUGACCACUGACGAUGCAUACGAGGCCGGCAGCGACCUCUACGUCUUCCGUUCCUACUAG